GCAGCUGCCUCCAGCAUGGACGUGACGGUCUCGGAGCUCCUGGAGCUCUUCCUGCAGAGCCCGCUGGUGACCUGGGUGAAAACUUUCGGGCCGUUCGGAAGCGACCGCGGGGACAAUUUGAGCAUGUACAUGGACUUAGUUGACGGCAUCGUUUUGAACCAAAUCAUGUUGCAAAUAGACCCCAGGCCCACGAACCCCCGCAUCAACAAACAUGUCAACAAUGACGUUAACCUCCGCAUCCAGAACUUGACCAUCUUAGUGAGAAACAUCAAGACCUACUAUCAGGAAAUCCUCCAGCAAUUGAUUGUCAUGAAUCUGCCUGAUGUUCUGAUGAUCGGCAAAGACCCACUGUCUGGGAAGAGCAUGGAUGAGAUCAAGAAGGUGCUGCUGUUGGUGCUGGGCUGUGCUGUGCAGUGUGAAAGGAAGGAAGAGUUCAUCGAAAAGAUCAAGCAGCUGGACAUCGAGACCCAGGCUGGCAUCGUGGCCCACAUCCAGGAGGUGACCCACAACCAGGAGAAUGUGUUCGACUUGCAGUGGUUGGAGCUCCCCAACGUGGCCCCCGAGGAGCUGGAGGCCCUGUCAAGGAACAUGGUGUUUCACCUUCGAAGGCUUGUCGAUGAGCGGGAUGAUUGCACUGAGCUUAUCGUGGACUUGACUCAGGAGCGAGACUACCUGCAGGCUCAGCACCCACCCAGCCCCCUAAAGCCACCUAGUGCUGAGUCCACUCCAAGCCCUACCAGCAGCCUGUCCAGUGAGGACAAACAGCACCUGGCUGUGGAGUUGGCAGACACCAAGGCCAGACUGCGCCGCACCCGGCAGGAGCUGGAGGAGAAGACGGAGCAGCUGGUGGACACCAGGCACGAGGUGGACCAGCUGGUGCUGGAGUUGCAGAAAAUCAAGCAGGAGAACGUGCAGCUGUCGGCCGAGGCCAGGUCAGCUCGGGUGUAUCAGGACGAGCUGGACGCGACACGGGAGAAGGCGAGCAGAGUGGAGCGGCUGGAACUGGAGUUGGGGCGCUGCCGGGAGCGGCUGCGUGAUGUGGAUUUCUAUCGUGCCCGCAUGGAGGAGCUGCGGGAGGACAACAUCAUCUUGAUUGAGACCAAAGCGAUGCUCGAAGAGCAGCUGACGGCAGCCCGGGCCCGCGGGGACAAGGUCCACGAGCUGGAGAAGGAGAGUCUGCAGCUCAAGUCCAAGCUGCACGACCUGGAGUUGGAUCGAGACUCAGACAAGAAGCGGAUCGAGGAGCUGCUGGAGGAAAACAUGGUGCUGGAGAUUGCCCAGAAGCAGAGCAUGAAUGAGUCGGCACACCUGGGCUGGGAGCUGGAGCAGUUGUCCAAGAGCGCGGAUCUGUCGGAUGCCUCCAGGAAGUCGUUCGUGUUUGAGCUGAACGAAUGUGCCUCCAGCCGCAUUCUGAAGCUGGAGAAGGAGAACCAGAGCCUGCAGAGCACUGUGCGCGGCCUACAGGACGUGGCCCUGGCCCUGGAGGAGAGCAGCUUCAAGUGUGGGGAGCUGGAGAAGGACAACCAGCAGCUCAGCAAGAAGGUAGAGAAGCUACAGAGCCAGCUGGAGCGGGAGAAGCAGAGCAACCAGGACCUGGAGACUCUGAGCGAGGAGCUCAUCAAGGAGAAAGAACAACUGCAGGGCGACUUGGAGGCCCUGAGGGCCGAGCGUACCCGCCAGAUCAAGGACCUCGAGCAAGAAAAAGACCAGCUCAACCAGGCAGUGUGGGCACUACGGGAGAGACCUCAAGGGGCCACCCAGGACAUGGAGAAAGAGACGAAGGCCUUGCAGCAGGCCCUGUCGGCCACCCGCAGCCAGCUCAGCCGCCUGGAAGAGGAGAAGCAGCAGCUGCAGCGGGACUUGGCACAGGAGAAGGAGAAAGGGGAGCGGGCCGAGUCGCUGGAGAAGGAGCUGCAGCGGCUGGAGCAGGAGAAGGAGGCGCUGGCUGUCGAUGUGAAUGCCCUGCGUGGGGCCUCGGAGCAGACGGCUGCCCUGGAACGUGAGAACCAGGGCCUGGCGCUGGAGAACGGGCAGCUGCGCAAGUCCCUGGACACGCUGCAGAAUGUGUCGGUGCAGCUGCAGGAGCUGGAGCGCAGCCAUAAGCAGCUGGACGGGGAGAAUGCAGAGCUGCGGCGCAUGGUGGAGACCCUGCGCUUCGCAGGCAACAAAGUGGCCAGGAUGGAGCGGGAGAACCAGGAGCUGGAGCGAGAGCGGGAGGAGCUGCGGCAGAGCGUGGAGAGGCUGAAGGCGCGGAGCCGGGAGGCCGAGCUUCUGGAGCUUAGCCUCGAGAGCGUCCGCUCCGACAACUUGAGGCUGCAGCAAAGCCUGGAGGGCAGUGGGCAGACGGUACAGGCUCUCGAGCGCCAGCUGCGCGACAGGGAGGCUGAGAUCCAGGUGCUGCAGCGUGACCUGGAGGCCCAGCGGCCGGCGCAGCUGCAGCUGGAACGGGCAGAUGCCAAGCGGCAGGCCCUGGAGCAGGAGGUGGCCCAGCUGGAGAAGGACAAGAAGCUGCUGGAGAAGGAGGUCCGGCGGCUGUGGCAGCAGGUAGAGCUCAAGGAUGCGGUACUGGACGAUAGCGCCGUCAGGCUGACCGCAGCCGAGCGGGAGAGCCGCGCCCUGGACAAGGAGCUGGCCCGCUGCCGAGACGCGGCCGACAAACUCCGGGAGCUGGAGAAGGACAACAGGGACCUCACCCAACAGGUCUCGGUCCACACCAGGACACUAAUGACGCUCAGGGAGGACCUGGUGCAGGAGAAGCUACGGAGCCAGAAACUGAGCAGCGAGCUGGACAAGCUGAGCAGUGAGCUGGAGAAGGCCAGCCUGUCGGAGGGGCGAAUGUUGCAGGAUGUCGGCCAGGGCAUAAACUCCCAGACUCUGGAGGGCCAGAGUGAGGCUGCACUAAAAAUCACACUGGCCAGUAAAGAGGAGAAGAUUGUGUUCCUUGAAGCGCAGAUGCAGGAGAAGGCUAGCCUCAGCCACCAGCUUGAGAGCGAGCUGCAGGCAGUGAGGAAGGAGUGCCAGCUGCUCCGACAGCAGCAGGAGGAGGGCAUGCGCCUGCAGGACCCACUCCAGCCUGCGUUGGCAGCUGCGCACCAGGAGGCCACCAUGGAGCUGCUACGUGUGAAGGACCGGGCCAUUGAGCUGGAAAGGAGUAAUGCGGCCCUGCAGGCGGAGAAGCAACUGCUUAAGGAGCAGCUGCAGCACCUGGAGACACAGGGCGUGGCGCUGAGCACACAGAUGCUGGCACUGCAGAAGCAGAGCAACUUCCUGCAGGAGCACAACACGGCAUUACAGACACAGACGGCGCAGCUUCAGGUGGAGAAUUCUACUCUGAGCUCACAGAGCGCUGCACUGGCUGCUCAGUUUGCGCUGCUGCAGAGUCAGCAGGUGGCAGCCGAGGCGGAGGCCGAGGCACAGCAGAAGCAGCAGGAGCGGCUGGCGGCAGCCCACGAGGCGCUGCUGCAGAAUCACGAGCACCUGGCCGCCCUGCACGAGGGCCAGUCGGCAGAAUACGAGGCCCUCAUCCACCAGCACAGCUGCCUGAAGGCGCUGCACCGCAGCCUAGAGCUGGAGCACAAGGAGCUGGGGGACAGACAUGGGGCUGCUGUGCAGCACAAGGCAGAGCUGGAAGAGCUGCAGGCGGCCCUGCAGCAGGAGCAGCAGAGUGGGGCAGUGGCCACAGCCGAGAACCAGAGGUUGCGGGGUGAGCUGGACCGGGUCAGUUUCCUGCACCAGCAGCUGAAGGAGGAGCACGAAGAGCUGCGGACCCACACCAAGGAGCUCAAGACGGCGCUCAACACCUCACAGCUGGAGCUGAACCGCUGGCAGGCGCGCUUCGACGAGCUCAAGGAGCAGCACCAGAAUAUGGACCUCUCUAUGACCAAGCUGGACACCCACUGCGAGCUGCUCUCCCGGCUCAAGGGGAACUUGGAGGAGGAAAACCAUCACCUCAUGAGCCAGAUCCAGCUGCUGAGCCAGCAGAACCAGAUGCUUCUGGAACAGAACCUGGAGAACAAGGAGCAGUACCAUGAGGAACAGAAGCAGUACAUAGACAAGCUCAAUGCCUUACGGAGACAUAAGGAGAAGCUGGAGGAAAAGAUCAUGGAUCAGUACAAGUUCUACGACCCUGCUCCAAAGAAGAAGAAUCACUGGAUUGGAGCCAGAGCCUUAGUCAAGCUCAUCAAACCAAAGAAGGAAAGCCCCAGAGAACGAGCAAAACCACCCGCCGACAGCGCCCCCUGGCAGAUGGAGUCGCCCGAUCUCACCUCCCCAUGUGGCUCUCAGCCACAAAGGGCACAGCCGGACCCCACGGAGAGCCCCGUCAGCCCGAACUAUGCAGAAGAGCACAACCCUCACAAUGGGGCAGUGGGGAAAGGUCCCGGGGACCCAAAACCAAAGCGGGGUUCCCAGCACAGCAGCAGCCUGGGUCGCUCAGAGUUCCCCACUGACCCGGCUACGAAGACCUGGGCCGUGGAGCCCGGCUCCCGGAGCUGCCCGGCCUCAGCUGCCGCCUCGCCCCCUUCUAGCUGCACCCCCAGCUCCUGGCAGCCAGGCCGACACAAAGGCUCUAACUCGGAUGAUAGCCUGUGUGAUCCAUCGCUGGAGCUGGACUUCAUCAACCACCGGCAUUUGGGUCCCACAGAGCCGCUCCAUGCCAGGUCCAGGUCUGAGAGUUUCAGCAGUGAGGACCUGAUCCCCAGCAAGGACACAGCCGUGCUACCCAGAGAUACCAGCACCCCAGCCCACUCUGCCCGUGGGCGCCUUGAGCACCCCGCACACUGGAACGGGCCCCUGGCCCCAGAUGGCGUCCAGAAGAGGGGAGCAGCCUCUCCUCACCUCAGCGCACGGGCCUCGCCCAGCAGCGAGAUGGUCACCCUGGAGGAGUUCCUGGAGGAGAGUAACCGGGCAUCCCCUACCCUGGACACCCCCAGUUGCCGGGACGACCUGCUCAGUGACUACUUCCGGAAGGCUCAUGAUGUUCCAGCCAUGGGAGGUCAGCCGGGCCCUCCUCCCCGGAAGGAAGGGGCCAAGAUGCCCACCAGCCUGGUGGCGCCCACAUUCAAGAUGUCUGCCAGCCCCUCGGAGAGGAAGCCACAGAGACCGGGCCAGCUCGUGAAACCCAACUUCAGGCCCCCUGAGGCCGGCGUCACAACCACUGCUCCUACUCGAUCGGCUCAGCCCCCCCAGACCUUGUCCCUCGGCCGAGUCCGACCAACCCCAGGGCCCCCAGCAGCGUCCACCAGCCGGAGCUCGUCCCUAAGCCGGGCCUUCAGCUUGGCCUCGGCCGACCUCCUCCGGGCCAUCGGGCCUGAGGCCUGCAAACAGGAACCACCUCAGAAGCCAGGGGGUCCUAUGGCCCCAUCCGGUGGCAGAGAGGCUGGUGCCCAUGGCAUGGCCCGGGAGCGGACCCCAAUGCUGAGGAAGACAGGAGGCAUUGGGCAGAGCCCCCGAAGCCGCCCACCAGACACUAGGCGCUUCUCACUGGCUCCCCCCAAAGAGGAGCGUCUGGGCGCACUGCAGCAGUCAGCCACGGCCCCGGCCCUUGCCUCGGGGGGCAGCAGCAGCAGCUCCCCAUUCCAGCCCUUCUCACCCACUGCAGCCCCGACAGCCAGGACGAAGCCUCAGGGGCCCACACAUGCUGGGGAAGUCGCCACUGUGGCUCCUGUCCGGGCCGGACCUGGCCCAGUGGAUGGUGACAUGGGCCCCAGUGAGGGGCUUUCUGCCAAGUGCCAGGGGCGCUCCGUGGCUCCAGAGGACCUGGGCAGGGGAGGAAGCUCCCGAAGCGUGCCAGCAUCUCCCGAGCCUGGGGGGGACCCCCAGACUGUGUGGUAUGAAUAUGGCUGCGUGUGAGGGUCCCUGGGCUACUGAGGCCUUGGUCCCCCAUCUCUGCCUCUCAGGAAGGGCUUGUCCCAUCCUGCUGCCGAGAACACUGUGCCAAGCUGGAGGAGGCCAUGGGGUGAGCCAUGGGAGACCCCUGGGUUCCCCGUGACAAGGUGUCAGCCGCUACCACCAAGGCAUCCGUGUGCUCCAAGUUCUGAAAGCUUCCAUCAGCUUCCAUCAGGAGUAGCUGUGCAUCCUUGCAUUCCGGCUUUUAGGACUCAUCUCUGUAAUGCACUCUGGGUUCUAAAGCGCAUCUCUGUCUGGAUUCUGAAAACUCCCUAAGCUGUCCUAGGGAGGAGGGGCAAUGUGACCCCAGAUAAGCCCAGCUGGGCCAAACAAGACAUUUUGGAAGGUCCCGGGGUGGGGAUGAGGGUACAGCUCCGUGGGGUCAAGUUGGGAUGCGUCUUGUGCUGUCCUGGGGCCAAGCACUUUCCUCUAUCCCUCAUCCUGGUUCUCUUUGUUCUAAACACUGGAUCCACUACGCCUUAGGGUUCAGCGAAUGCUGCUGAAGGGAGCCCCUGUCUCACGCCUCCCGGUGGUGCAGAGUCCCCGCCAAGGCCUGAGGGGGUACACACUGGAUCCCUAAACACUCCCUUCGGCUGCAGUCCUGAACCUGCCCCAUCACAUAUGCACGCACGCACACACUAGACAUUGGGCACGUCUGAAUGAGCCCUGAAGGCAGGAGCCAAACUCCCUUUAGUCUAUACUGCACCCGAGGAC